AGAGGACCACUUUUGGCGGACAUUUUUGAGCCAAAACACUGUUCAGUGAUUCGAUAAGGAGCAAUUCGGGCCAGACAAAGUAAAGCAGCUAUCUAAUCGGCAUGUCUGCAGGAUUGUGAUUUGAAUAAUCUAAAGUACCAGUCCCACUGAUAGAUUACGUGUAUGAACAUCUCGUUUGAACUCAUCUCAAUCCAACAUUAAUAUCAAUUUCGGAAUAUACCUACCAGAUUCUUCUCGAGAUCCAGCCAAAGAGUAUCUUUUACUUUUUAAGGGUUUAAUAUGGAUUUGCUCUGCCAGAAUUAUAUCAUAGCCGCCCUAAUUUUGUUUCUAGCUAAUGGGGAAUUGUAUGGAAUUCAAAUAAAGUGGGCUUGACGGCCUAUUAAAGUUGGAUCACUCUUUCUGGGUUUGGUUACUCGGGGAAGAAACCCAAAUGGAGGAGGAGCAGAUCCUGGAUUUGAAGGGCUUGAAAGUUGCUCUGUUAGAGCCAAAUGGGGAAGAGCAAAUCAAGCUUACCAUAGAUGAGAUGCUCCAGAAAUGGACAGGGGAGUUCGGAUGUUGGCAGAUGAGACACUUUGUGCUGACCAGUCUGGCUUGGACUCUGGAGGCUCUGCACACAAUGGUCAUGAUUUUUGCUGAUCGUCAACCGCCUUGGCAAUGCAAGGAUUCUGUGGGCUCGAGUUGUAGUCCUGCAAGCUCUGUGUGCUCCAUGGCAGAUGCAUUUUGGGAGUGGGUUCAAGGCCCCGGAGUUUCUACUGUCUCUGAGUGGGGGCUUAUAUGCGGUGACAAGUACAAGGUUGGAGUGGUGCAGUCUGCCUUCUUCCUCGGUUGUCUUGCUGGUGCGGGAAUAUUCGGGCACCUUUCCGAUUCAUCACUGGGCAGAAAGGGAUGUUUGACCAUGGUAUGUGCAGCAAAUGCCGUCUUGGGCAUUCUGACGGCGAUGUCGGCAAAUUACUGGGUCUAUUUGAGUCUGCGUCUGUUGACAGGCAUUUGUACAGGUGGAGUGGGGCUGUGCGCUUUUGUAUUGGCCACAGAACCAGUGGGUCCAUCAAAGAGAGGUCCAGUGGGCAUGUCAGUUUUCUACUUGUUUUCAAUGGGCGUAGCAGUUCUACCAGCCAUUUCAUACUGGUGCACCACAUGGAGGCUUCUCUACAUCUUCACCUCCAUUCCUUCGGCCCUCUUCUGUCUCUGCGUUUUGCCCUUCAUCUCCGAAUCCCCGCGCUGGUACCUUGUCAGAGGCAGGCUGGAGGACGCCAUGAUUGUCAUGAGAUCCAUAGCACAAGCCAAUGGAAACACAAUCCCCCAAGGAAUUUCUCUAAAACUAGACCAAGAAGAAGAAGAAAACCAGACCCAAGAUUCGACCCUGCAUGACCCCCAAGGAAUUUUUCUGAAACUAGACCAAGAAGAAGAAAACCAAACCCAAGAUUCGACCCUGCAUGAAGUUUCAGGAAACCUCCUCGAUGUUCUGAGCUCACCCAUGACAAGAUCCCGAAUCAUCAUAAUGGUCUUCAUCUGGUUCGCCUGUGCAAUAGUUUACUAUGGCCUGAGCUUAAAUGUGGUAAAUCUCAGCAGCAAUUUGUACCUGAGUGUUUUCCUCAAUGGAAUAGCAGAAAUGCCCGCCUUCGCUCUUACAGCACUGUUCCUAAACAAGCUGGGAAGAAGAGUAAUGCUCGUUUCCACCAUGUUGUUAAGUGGGUUUUUUGCUUCGGUUGGAAGCGUGAUCUCGGCAGUUUUACACAAUCCCAAUGUUGAUACUUCAUUGGUGGGGAUUUUAACAGCCGGACAACUGGCCUGUGGUUUGGUGGGAAUAUUUGGAAUGGCGGGUACAUAUAAUUUGUUGUACAUAUACACUUCUGAGCUGUUUCCAACGGUGGUGAGGAACGCAGCUUUAGGGUUCACAAGCCAAGCGGGGCAUAUUGGGGCUCUGAUUGCUCCGCUGGUGGUUGUAAUGGCAAGCAUCUAUCCUUGGCUGCCUUUGGCCAUCAUUGGGAUGGCGGGUAUGGUGGGAGGAAUUCUGGGUUUUGUUCUGCCAGAGACCAUGAAUCGCCCCAUGUAUGAAACAAUGGCGGGCAUGGAAUACGGAGAAAUUUCCAGUGCAUAGCUAUCCAUGUGUUCUUAUCAUCCCGUUGAGUAGGAAAGCAGACUGAAAUACAGAAGAUUCAAAAUAGAGAUUCCGACUCUUUGUUUCAUAUAGCCGUAUAAGGCUGAUUGUCUCAUAGACUAUUUUUAGCCUCUUAGAUGUUGAUAGAAUUGUUCUUGCCGCCUUGAUCUAAAAUAGAGAUUUCUACUCUUUUGUUGUAUCUGAUAUUGUGGAUUAGAUUUUGAAGAGAGAUUUUAUAAUCAUUAAUGUUAACCUGGUGGUUUAGACA